AUGAUAGAAUUAGCACAGUAUUCGCAGUGCAUUGAGAAGCUUAACACAAUGAAGACCUUAAUUUUACUUUGCACUUUGGCCGCAGCGGCUCUUGGGGCACCUGCUGAUACAUACAACCCUGAAUACGAUAACUUUAACGCUCAGGAACUUGUUGAAAACAUAAGAUUGUUGAAGAACUAUGGCAAUUGCUUCUUAGGCAAGGGCCCAUGCACACCCGAGGGAAAGGAUUUCAAAAGAAUAAUUCCCGAGGCCUUAAGAACCACUUGCGGCAAAUGCACUCCGAAACAGAGGGAGCUUGUCAGGACUGUCGUUAUCGGAUUCCAGACUAAGCUGCCAGAAGUGUGGCAGGAGCUGGUAAAGCAAGAAGACCCCACAGGUCAAUACAAGGAGUCCUUCGAACAAUUUCUUAAUGCUAGAGACUAA